AUGGUCGUCGUCAAAAAGGGAGCUGGCUCCGCCAAGGCGAGGUCGUCCAACGGCAUGAAGCGCGUAAAGGGUGAGAACUUCUACCGCGAUGCCAAGCAGGCCAAGACGGUCAAGAUGCUCUCCAAGGACGGCAUCGCCUCCAAAGCCAUCCGCGACCGCAGCGGCAAGAUCAUCCAGGCUCAGGAAUUCCAGAGCAGCGAGGCCAAGCCCGGGCGCGUCCAGCCCGACAAGCGCUGGUUUGGCAACACCCGCGUCAUCUCCCAGGACGCCCUCGACCACUUCCGCACCUCGCUCGAGUCCCGCGUCAACGACCCCUACAGCGUCCUCCUGCGGAGAAACAAGCUGCCCAUGUCGCUCAUCCAGGACCCGGCCAAGGGCAAGGCCCCUUCGCUCACCGCCCUCGAGCCCUUCUCCGACACCUUUGGCCCCGGCGCCCAGCGAAAGAAGCCUAGGCUCGACGGCUCCAUGAGCUCGUUUGCCGACCUCGCCACCAGCAGCGAGGCCAUGGGCAAGCAGGCCGACGAAAAGGCCGCCGCCGCCGAGGCAAAGCUGGCCGGAGUCGGGCUCGUGCCCGACGACUACGAGAUUGGCUCUGGCCUUGCGUCUUCGUCUUCGGCCGCCCAGGGCGACGAGCCCUACAUGAUCCCCGUCCAGCGCGGACGCUCCGAGCCAAUCUACAGCAAGGGCCAGUCUAGGCGAAUCUGGGGAGAGCUUUACAAGGUCAUCGACAGCUCCGACGUCAUCAUCCACGUCCUCGACGCGCGCGACCCGCUCGGCACCCGCUGCAGGAGCGUCGAAAAGCACAUUCGCGAGGAGAAGCCGCACAAGCAUCUCGUCUUCCUCCUCAACAAGGUCGAUCUCGUCCCCACCUGGGUCACUGCUCGAUGGGUCAAGAUCCUGUCCAAAGAGUACCCGACGCUGGCGUUCCACGCCUCGAUCAACAAUUCGUUCGGCAAGGGCUCCGUCAUCCAGCUGCUGCGCCAGUUCAGCGUGCUCCACUCGGACAAGAAGCAGAUCAGCGUCGGCUUUGUCGGCUACCCCAACACGGGCAAGAGCUCCAUCAUCAACACGCUCAAGAAGAAGAAGGUCUGCACCGUGGCGCCGAUCCCGGGCGAGACCAAGGUGUGGCAGUACAUCACCCUGAUGCGCCGCAUCUACCUGAUCGAUUGCCCCGGUAUCGUGCCCGUCAGCGCGCGCGACUCCGAGACCGGCACCGUGCUCAAGGGAGUGGUGCGCGUCGAGAACCUCGAGACGCCCUCGGAGCACAUCCCGGCGCUGCUCUCGCGCGUCAAGCCCGAGUACAUCAAGCGCACCUACAACCUGCAGAAGUGGGACAGCACCGAAGACUUCCUCGGCCAGCUGGCCAAGCGCGGCGGCAAGCUGCUCAAGGGCGGAGAGCCCGAUUACGAGACGUGCGCCAAGAUGGUGCUCAACGACUGGAUCCGCGGCAAGAUCCCCUUCUUUGUCGCACCUCCGCUUCCCGCCGGCCAGGCUGAGGCUGCUGGCAAGGGCAAGGAGAAGGCCGCCGACGCGGUCGUGUCGGCCGUCGAUGCCGAGACCGAGGCGCUCGAAAAGGCGGUGCGCAAGAAGACUGUCAAGGGUGUCGAGCAGCCCCUCGCCCAGAUCGCCGUCGUCACCAAGUUUACGAAGGAGGACGUCGACGGCGGCGUGCCCGAAGACUUUGAGAUGGAGCGUGACCAGGACGACGAGGCUCCCGAGACGGCCAUCGGCGAGGACGAUGACGCCUUCACAGAGGAUGGCGAGGACGACGAGGACGAGGACGAUGAUGAGGACGAGGAUGAAGACGACGACGAUGCACUCGAGGAGCUCGGGUGGGACGACGUCUUCAAGGGCGGCGAGGACGCUGACGAGGGCGUCGAUGGCGCCGCAGACGAGGACGACGAGGAGCAGGAGGGUGUGGCUGCCGCCACCUCUCCUGGCAAGAAGCGCGCUCCGGUCGACGACGUCGACGACGAGUCGGACCAGGACAGCAAGCGUCAGAAGAAGGGGACGCGCAUGACGACGAGCAAGAAGAAGGCCGAGAACUACUACACGCAUGCCAACGUCAAGAACAAGAGCCGCCGACCCAAGCCGGGCGGCGCCGAGGUGCAGGCCAAGGCAAAGGAGCGCGGUCCCAAGGUCGGCGCCAACGGCAAGGGCGGCCGCGGCGGCGUGGGCAAGAACAGGAAGAAGUAG